UGUUUACGGGUCCUCCGUCUUCACGUCAAUCAAUAUUUCCUAACCUGUUACGUCGCUGUGCUAACAAUUUCCUUUAAAAUUAGGAAAAAUGGAUCAACUCUUGCAAAAUGGUUGUAUUCAAAACCUACAUCACGAAAUUUGUUCAACGGAGGGUAAAACUAAGGUGACAGGAUACAUCGAAAACAUAGAAAAAACACAAAAACGGACAAAAAUGAGCGAGACAAGUGUAGAAACUUUGAGAAAUAUCGCUGUUAAAAUUAGAAUAAGUAGCGUAGAAACUACAGCUGCAGCAAAAUCUGGACACCCUACAACCUGUUCAUCGUGUGCAGAAAUCCUGUCUGUUCUAUUCUUCAGAACGAUGCGCUACAAAGCCUGUGCACCUAGAGAACCUUGCAAUGACCGUUUUGUUAUGUCUAAAGGACACGCCGCCCCUGCUCUAUACGCUGUUUGGGCACACAUUGGGCUUAUACCAGAAGAAGAGCUCCUGAAUCUCAGAAAAAUAGACAGUGAUCUUGAAGGCCAUCCAACGCCUCGUUUGAGUUUUAUUGAUGUAGGCACUGGGUCGCUUGGACAAGGGCUGGCUGUAGCCAAUGGUAUGGCGUAUAUUGGUAAAUAUAUAGAAGAAGCUAGUUAUAGAGUCUACUGCCUUCUUGGAGAUGGUGAAUGUGCCGAAGGUUCCAUUUGGGAAUCCAUUAAUUUUGCAAGUUUCUACAAACUAGACAACUUAUGCGCCAUCGUCGAUGUUAAUCGACUGGGACAAGCCGGACCAACGAUGUUUGGCCACGAAGUGGAAGAAUACCAAAAGAGAUUUGAUGCCUUUGGAUUUCAUACUAUUGUUAUCAAUGGCCACGACGUUGAGGAGUUAAUAAGUGCGUUUGAACGUGCUGAAAAAGUAAAAGACAAACCAACUGCCAUCAUAGCUAAAACAGUAAAGGGCAAAGAUUUUCCAGGCAUUGAAAAUGAAAAUAACUGGCAUGGAAAACCCCUUGGAGAUAAAACGGAGGCUGUAUUACAACACUUAAGAUCCAUGCUUCCUCCAAACAUAAACACAUUUGAUUUUACUAUAUCGAAACCAUUGAGUAAAGUGAAAGCAGCGAAUAUUAACAACAUAUGCUUAUCGAAACCUCCAGAUUAUGUAAAAGGGGAAAAAGUAGCAACAAGAAAUGCUUACGGAAACGGUUUGCUGAAACUGGCAGAGACAAAUCCAAGAGUAAUAGCGUUUGACGGCGACAUGAGAAAUUCCACGUUUUCUGAGUAUUUGUUAAAAGCAAAACCAAAAAAUUUCGUGGAAUGUUUCAUUGCUGAACAGAAUAUGAUUGGCGCCGCUACAGGAGCUUGUACAAGAAAUAGGUGUGUGGCAUUUGCCUCCACAUUUGCAGCUUUUUUAACAAGGGCAUACGAUCAGAUACGAAUGGCAGCCAUCUCACAAUCAAACAUCAACAUAUGUGGUUCACAUUGCGGUAUUUCGAUAGGACCAGACGGACCAAGCCAGAUGGGAUUGGAAGACAUAGCUAUGUUCAGGGCCAUUCCUACUUGUACUGUAUUUUAUCCUUCUGAUGCAGUAGCUUCCGAAAGGGCUGUGGAGCUUGCGGCAAACACUAAGGGCAUCACAUAUAUACGGACAACUAGAUCUGGCACGCCGGUUAUAUAUGAUAAUAACCAAAUAUUUAAGAUUGGCAAAGCCAAUAUUUUACUGGAAAGCCGUACUGACAAGGUUUUGGUAAUCGCAGCUUGCAUAACGCUAGUGGAAGCUCUAGAAGCUGCUAAAUUACUUACUGCAUCUGGAAUAUACAUACGAGUUAUGGAUCCAUUUACAAUUAAACCUAUUGACAAAGAUGGUAUUAUUAAGCAUGCAAGAGAAGCCAACGGAAGAAUUUUAGUUGUAGAGGACCAUUACGCAGAGGGUGGUAUAGGUGAAGCUGUACUGUCAGCUGUGGCAGAAGAGAGCGAUAUUACAGUAAAAAUUGCUGCAAUUAAAGAACUACCGAGAUCUGGUGAUCCAACUGCACUCUUGGACCACUACGGAAUAGAUGCCAUUUCUAUAGUACGAUAUGUUCAAGAUAUACUGCGAGGAAGAUGUUAACUGUCACUUUUGUAAUACACUUUAUAUUCUCAA